UGCCAUCUUCUCCUGCACAGUUGUGGACGGGCUUUAUUUCAGUUAAGGUGCGCGUAUCUGGUGUCAUGAUGAUCACCUGAGGCGUCGUCGUCCCGCGUCCCGGUGCGUUCUUGAGAUACCCCCGGUGAUACCAGUGUCGUGCUCUUGUGCAGAAGUGUGAAAUAUGCAAAUAUUAAUUAUGUGCUUACCUGAAGGCGAUUAUGAGUGAGUUGGGAGCCUCGGGAGCGGGUUGUGAUGUGUUAUGUUGAGCCACAAGUUGAGGUUGUCGUGGUUGCUGUGACAGUGGGGGAGGGAGAGAGAAGUGUGGGGAGGAGCGGGCGUGUGUUGGAGCUGGGAGCCCCACCAUCACCACCAUUAAUGCACCACACCAGCUGAGCAACCCCAGACCCGUGAUGGUGCAGAUGGGGUCAGUGCAGCAUGUCCCAGGCACCAGCAACACCAGCAGAGAGUGGUGGUGGUAAGCUGCAGCCACCACACAAUGUGGUGGUGUAUGUGGCAGGCGAGGGGGGUGGUCAGGCCGGGCCGGGAGGUGCACAGGGACCACAACGUCCCAUGAUCACACCUCAUCCGGUCAAGCCCACCAACCCCCACAUGGUCAAUGGCUUCAGAGUUGCUAACCCGUUGCACCAACAGCAGCAACCUAGUUACAGUAUGCAGAUGAAUGACAGCCUACAGCAACAGCAGCAGCAACAACAGCAGCAGCAGCAGCAACAACAACAGUUCCUUAUGAAUAAAAUGAAUGGGUUGGAUGGAGCCAAUAACUGUUUUCCAACAAGUCAGGCACCACAACAGCUGCAAUACUUGCCUGGUGGUAACUAUGUCACCACUGUUACUGUGCAUGCCUCGGAGCAGUCACAACAAAUGCAGCAACACAAUCUACAACAGCAGCACCAGCACCCAAGAGCAGUAAAUCAACAGCAACAACAGGUACAGCAGCAGCAACAACCACAGCAGCAGCAGCAACAACCACAGCAGCACCAUCAACAACAACCACAACACCUACAAAAUCAAGUCAAUGUGAUGGGCACCAUGAAUGGGUAUGUGCAAAAUGGUGUGAUGAUGCAAGUCAAUAAUGCAAAUAUGAGCAGCAAUCCUACAAUGAUUGGUAACACUCAGAUGAUGAAUAAUCAGAUAGUGACCAAUAACAGCUGCAACAGUGCUCCAAUGAUAAAUAAUAAUAUGGUAGUCGCUCGUCCAAGAACUAGCUCCCGGUGUGAUUCAGUGAGGUCAGAAACUGCAGAAUCUAGUUGCAGCAGUUUAAGCUCUGAUAGUCAAACGGAACAUACACAACAACAACAGCAGCAGCAUCAUCAGCAACAACAACAAACAAAUAAUCAGCUCAGUAACAGUCAGCAAUAUCAAGUCAACCUAAUGAACAACCCACAGUAUAUGAACAACCAUAUGCAAACAAUGAAUCCAAACAGUUACAAUUGUUACCCAAACUACAUGGCCUGUCAGUCAUCUGGUGGGAACAAUCCGAGUGGGGUGAAUCAAACAGGUGUGUACAACAAUCAAAACAUUGUGCAGGCCUUCCAUCAAGUGAAUACAGUACAGCAUGUGCAAAUGCAAGGGGGACAGUUACAAAUAAUGCAACAGCAAUACCAGUAUGUGCAAGGCCAGAAUAUGAAUGUGAUGCAGCAGGGACCUGGAAUGAGUGUAAACAAUAUGCAAAGGCCAUGCAUGAUGCAAACUGGGGGGAUGGUUCAGGGACAGGGGAGCAAUACAAUGCAUGGACAAGUCAUGCAAGGUCAAAACACUUGUACUCCAAAUGUCAACAUGAUGUCAGGCCAAGGCAUGAACAUGGUAGCUGGACAGUCUGGGAUUAAUACUAUGCAAGGUCACAACAUGAACAUGAUGCAGGGGCAGCCUAUGAAUAUUGCACAGCAACAAGGUGGAAACCUAAAUGUGAUGAGUGGUCAAUACCACACAGGGCAUGGGCAAGGUGUGGUGGGUCAAAGUAACCUAGUGAUGGGAGGGCAAAAUAGUGGCCACUGUGGCAACAUAAUGGGGAUACAAAAUCAUCAUCCACAACAACAGCAACAACAGCAGCACAUGAUGACUGGAACUAUGAUUCCUGAUCAGCAGCAGCAAGCAGUGAUGAUGAACAGUGCUAUGCAAGGUAACAUGACCAUGGUACCUGUAGGAACAAAGAUGGCUAGUGCUAACAUGAAUCAUGCCAAUAUGAUGGGAUGCUCAGGUGGCCCUGUAGGAGUUGUAAAUGCCAUGUGUGGAAAUUUACCUGCAGGCACCCCAACAGUGCACACAACUGCAGACAACAAGAAUUUUAUGCCUCUCGUUGUACCCUUCGGAUGGAGAAGAGUUGUCAACAACGGACAAGUUGUCUACAUAAGGUAAGUAAUUGUUCCCUAUUUAGGUAUUCCUGAUAAGAAUACCUUAUUGUUUUGUCAGGUUUAUUCCUAUUAUUACAUUCUUCUGUAAAGGUUUUGUCCAAUGCCUCAUACACUAAUGCUUGAAAUGCUUUAGUUUAAGUCAGAAAGUAUGGUAGUUAUUGAAAAUUAGUAAUGUUGCCUCAGUGUAGUUCAUUUUGUUUUUCCAAGCAAUAUCUUGAGUCCUUAUUUUAUUGACUUGAAACUGACAGCAAUGAUGUGUGAUUAUAAUGCUAAGGUUUUUUUUUAUCGGCAGAGUAACCCAAUGGGGACAAAAUC